UAUACAUGUGGUAUUCAACCGCAGUGUUUUAUUUAAUAUUGAUAACAGGGAUUGUAUAUAAGAUAUCGAGGGCGGAAUACAGUAGAAUAGUUAGAAAUACCGUACCGGAAAAGAUCCGAGAUGUCGAAAGAAGAUAAAUUAAAGCUACUUGAAGAGAAAGCCGAGAAGGUUGCAACGCUGAGUAAGAGGGACAUGACAGAGUUGAAGAGCUUCGGUAAUCCUCCGACAGCCAUCGUCGAUGUGCUAGGGGCCACGCUGAAGCUUCUUGGCGAAGAAAACACGGAUUGGAAAAACAUCAUGUAUAGUAUGUCCAGAAAUGAUGGAAGAUCAAUGCAGGAUUUGAUUGCUGACUACGAUCCAGACGACGUCCCGGAUGACAAGCGCGCCGAAGCAAAGAAGACCUUGUCUCAGUACGAUUUUGAGAAGGUUAACAGAAUCUCGGUCUUCACUGCAGUAGUCUAUGCAUGGGCUGUGGUUGCUGCCGACUUCUAAAAGCCAGUACUAAAGGAUAUCGGAAUGUGUUCAGGCUUUAGACUUCGUUCACAUUUGUGAAUUAGCUUAUGUUGCUUUAUUCUGGAUGCUAUUUUUCACCAAGGCAAUAUGUUUGACCAUGCUUUGCACACGUACUAGAUUGUGACCUGAAGCAGCCAAUUGUAUACAAAGUGAGUUAUCCAGAGGUUAACUUUUUGAGUAGUUGACACAUUAAAACCAUUAAUUUGAUUGGUUAGUAGUUAAUGUUGGAUAAAUAUCGACCAAUCAGAUCACAUUUAGGAUAACUUUGACCAAACCAAUUACUUCACUUUAAUACGACUGGCUACUGAAGUUAAAUAAUUAAAUAUACCAAAAUACGAAUUUUACAUGGCUGGAGACCAUAUAUCUCGUAGUUUUGGUAUUAUUUAAUUAUGAUGUUUUUUUCCAUCAUCUAUGUAACACUUUCAUAAUCUAUAUAACCCUCAUAAUCUGAAAGCAAUGACCUUUGAAGGUAUAUCACCAUUUUACCAGGAAUCAAACUUUAAAGAUGCACUCUUACUCCCAAAAAGAUUUACCACAAUUAAUACAAUUGUUUAAAUAUACCAAAAAGGAUGAAUAAACGUCAAAAUCAA